CACAUACGGCCAUAGAUUCAAGAAAUUUAGCCAUCCCGUUCGAUCUGGCCUAUACAAGCUUGAAAUCGGCGGAUUAGUAGUCAGGUGGGUGACCACUGGCGAAUCCCCGCUGUCGUAUGUUUUUGAAAAACUUUUUCAUUUUUAUGAUUUUUUGCUUAAACACGUGAUACAUCUUGGCAUCCGGAAAGUAGUUUUUCCAGAUCGUAGUAUUAUGCCCCACUAUACCCAACCAGUGCUCACUAUUCCCACAUCACCGAAUGCGGCCCACGGUUCCUAG